AAAAAAAUCCUGCAACCAUAAAACUAAUCACCGCCCUCCCGUGACGUCACCACGCCAACGAACCAAUCAGAUCUCUCCGUGCGAGUUUUGCCGCGAGUAGCUGAGUGUGUGUGUGUGUGUGUGUUUUCCUGGAUAACACACAUGUUAGCUCGAUGAUUACAGAUGAUUAAUUAGGACUUUGAUGAGUUGAUGAGUUGAUGAGUUCUCCGGCGCUUCAGUGGAGGCUGUGACCGGCCUCACGCGUUGUUGUUGGGCGGAGCGUUAGCCUGUAGCCGCGGCUAGUCCCCGGUAACAAUACCCGGCUGUCGCCUCUUAUGCUGCCCGCGUUGUCUCACUGCCGCCCGGCUCUUAGCUCGACAACACCCCCGGCCUGACCCCAUGGAUCCCGGAGGAAGCGAACUGGACUCCAGCCUGCCGCAGCCCGACAACCCGUGCCUGAUCGUGGAGGACUCCCAGCCGGACAGCGUCGCCCUGGAGGACGAUCCCGAGAGCAGCUACCGAGCCCUGCUGGCCCGCAGACUGUCCAGCCUGCAGCCCACGGCCCGCAGCCCGGUUCUGGAGCUGAUAUCCUCCCCACUUGGAAGCAGAUGCUCACAGACUGACAGCCAAUCAGAGAGCUCCCAGAUCAACAACCAGGCUGAACCCGGGAUUCUCGCGGCGGCCGACCCCAGCUCCGAAUUCCAGGAGGAGAGUCAAGUUUUAAACGUCUGCCCUCCUGCGAACAAGAAGAAGUGUGUGCCAGAGGACGCCGACAUGGAGUCUGGAGCCGAUUCUACGACACACUGCAUUCAGUCUGAAGAGGGAGCCUCUCAGUUCGGUUUGUUCGAGCUCUCUCAGAGUCAGGAUCUGUGCGGCGAGGCGCAAAACAGUCGGGAGGAAGAAGACACCGUGCCUCAGCCGGACAGCGAGAGACGCAGCAAGUCAGAGCAGAGCACCGGCCCCAGGACUUCACAGAGUCCGGACAACAAAGCAGUGAGGUCGGAGGUGAGCUCCAGCAGCUCGUCGGAGUCUCCGGGUCAGUCGGUCAGUCGGCAGCUGAGCGUCCAGGCUCUGCUGCACUCGCAGGGCCCCCAGGCCUCUGCUGAGCAGGACCAGCAGGAUUGUGAGAUCCUGUCCUCGCAGCAGGACAUGUUCGAUGCUGACAAGACAGGUGCUGCGGUAGACAGCACCGUGUCCGAGCCGGAGCAGCAGGGUCACCUCACCCCGUCACCGGCCCACACCCUGCGACUGCUGCACCUGUCUGGACAGGGCACACUGGUGCAGCAGAGUCUGUCCCAGAGCUCUGUUGACUUUGUCGCCCCCACCCCUGACAACUUCUCCCACACCCCUUUAAUCAUCCCCAGCUCGCCCACUGAAGCAGAGAGCGAGCACGCUGCUGAUGAACCGAUGGACACUUCACUGCCCCCAGAGGACCGAGCGGGCGAAAAGGAAGAGCCGAUGGACACGGAGGCCGCCGCCUCUAAGCCACACCCAUCAGCUUCUACGCCAGUAUCCCAGAAUUCCCCUGGUUUUGUGUUGGAGCGAACGCUCUCUUUCCCCUCACAGCCAGAGUUCUCUCACGACGUGUUCGUCCCAACGCAGAGCCAGGAGUCACCACAGCAGUCUGCUGAGAAGACGGCAGAGUCGCAGUCUCAGCGUCCGGACUCGGCUCCUCUCACUUUGCCUUUGCAGCUCUCCGAGAACACGGAGAGCAGAAGUCCAGAAGCUCGGCACGCCUCGCAGCAUCCUGAGGACGACAGCCAGGCCACGCAGAUAGAAGACCUGGAAGAGCCGCCCGGCGUCGACACCAGCGACUCGGCCACGAUCUCACGCUGCGAUCAGACCGGCGAGAGGAACGGUGUCCCCGCAGAGUCACAGACUGCCACCAGCUCCAAGUCCUCCGCCUCCGCCCAAUCACAGAAGCAUCGCAGUGAAUGUGCCAAGGACGAGUCACAAGCGGCGCACAAAAAGACGAGUCUGAAUGUACAAAACGUGAAUGUAAAGAGCGACAGCAAAGAGGCCAGCCCUGCUGACGUGGUUUCCUGCUCUCAACCGAAGUUUGAUUCAUCUGAUCUGACUGUGAACAGCUGCGUGCAGGAGACUCCUGCAGACACUACACCCGGCAGUUUGCCCUCUCAGUCUAUGAUCUGUCAGACAUCUGUCGUAGAUGUUGUGAAGAGUUCUGAUCUAAGAGAAGGAGACACUGCAAAGAGUCAGAGCGUGGAGUCGUCGUCGCAGAAAUGUGGAUCUGUGAGUAACAGUCAAACAGGCAAAGACACGACGGAUGAGCGUGAGCAGGUUGAAGCAGAAGAAGAAGAGGAGGUGAUGGAGGAGGAGAGCACAGCGGGAGGUGGGGCGUCAGGAAUGGCUCUAGUGCUCUCCCAGAGCCAGCUGUUGUCUCCUGAGCCGAUGGAGGAGGAGGAGGAGGAAGACCAAGACGAGGACAGCGUCAUCGUCGUCACAGACAGCGAGAGAGACUCUCAGAUACUUCACAAAGACGUGACGCCGCAGGCAAAGACCAACAGCUCUCAGCCAAUCAGAGGCAGCAAAGUGUCCAUCUCCACUAACGGACACGAGAGCCAGGCUCAGGCCAAGAAGGUGCACGCCGCCUCGCCUCACGAUCGACUCUCCCAGACCGAGAGGGCAGCGGCUGAACCAGAGGGGCUGAAAGACAAGAGCCUGAGCGACAGCUCGGGAGAGAUCUCCUUCCACUUCACUCUCCCUAAAGAAGGCGAGCUGAUCGGUCCUGCUGUCGGUGCCACGCCGCCUCUGAUCAACCAGCUGAAGCAGACGCUGAGACACAGCACUCCCAUCGAGAUCACUUCCUUCUCUGAAAAGUCCGGCGCGGUGGGCGACGUCAGCGCCGACGUGGCGAUGGCAGCCAGCGACAUCGCGCUGGGCGACAGCAGCGGCGACGACACGGCGGAAAAGGGCGACGGGAAGCUGAGUCUGAGGAUGAAGCUGGUGACGCCUGUGGAGGAGGGCAGCUCGGAGCGCUUCAGCCUGCAGAAGCCAACUCUGUCAGAAGAAGACGGGUCUGGGGUCAAGGCGAGCACUGUUGCCAAGACUGUUACCAGCAGCCCGUCGGUGUUCAGCCGCGUCCGGCAGGUGCACAGGCAGCAGGAUGCAGAGGAGGACACCGCCCCUGUCAGAGGCGAGCUGUUCGCCUCCCCGCAGAGGAGCUCCCAGGCGUCCUCGCUCGGAUGCAACAGCCUCCCCAGCAGCCAAUCAGAACCCUCUGCAGCACCGCAGGACGCCCCGAAGGACGCCACCGGCCCCACCGAGCUGUCCGAGGACAGGCGAGGACCGCCCGGAGCUCCGGAGCUGCCCACCCCAAUCAGGACGACGGACGGCAGACAGAGAGCUUCCCAGCAGACCUUCGACAACAGCAUCACCUCCAGUCCGUCCAACAAGCUCCAUCAGCGGACAGUCUCCCAGCAGACAAGCUUCGAUGCGCCGGGGCUGCGCUCCCCAGCUGGCAGGGGUGAACGAGAUUCUCCGUCCUUUAGAAGAAACGCCGGCCCCUCCCACCGCAGACACGUGCGCACCAUCCAGGAGGUGCGGACCACCAUCACACGGAUCAUCACAGACGUGUAUUAUGAGGACGGCAAAGAGGUGGAGCGCAAAGUUUCCGAGGAGAGCGAGGAGCCGGUGGUGGACUGCCAGGUGCUGGACAGCGACAUCUCCCCGUGCCGCACAGGCAGCAGCUCCGUGACCUCCGGCGACCUGGCCGACAUCAGCUCUCUGUCGUCCAAGGCUUCCAGCCUGCAGCACAGCUCCGGAGGAACCACCAGCAGCAGCGUCGGCCUCAUAAGGCCGGACUUCAUCAUGCCACACAGCCGAGGGGCCAAAUCCAUCAGUCCCAGGAGGGGAGGCGGGCAUCCACAGAGGGGUCACAGGGGUCACAGGGCAGGGUCAGUUGUCACAAUGGGCAGAGGCCACGGCACCCUGGGGUCCCGGGCCUUCGCCCCGCUGAACCCCAGAGGAAGGGCGAGAAGGGGCCGACCCCCGUCCCGCUCCUCACUGUCCAGGGGAGGCGGUCUCGGCUCACUGCACCGGCUCAGUGCUCCCGGCCAGCCACAGUCCUCCUCAGAGGACGAGCCCUACACCCGCAUGCUCCCCCCACGCCUCCCCAUCAGCCCCACAGACGCCGAGCCCCCCAGCCACUCCGACUCCCUCAGGUCGUCGCCGGAGGAGGCGAGCUCAGCCGGGAGCAGCUUCGUCGGCCUGCGCGUGGUGGCCAAGUGGUCGUCCAACGGCUACUUCUACUCGGGCCGCAUCAUCAAAGACGCCGGCGAGGGGAGGUUUCGCCUGCGCUUCGACGACGGCUACGAGUGCGAGGUGGCGGGGAAAGAUAUCCUGCUGUGCGACCCCAUACCGCUGGAGACGGAGGUCACCGCCCUGCUGGAGGACGAGUACUUCAGCAUAGGUGUUGUGCGGGGUCAUAAAACGGAGGGACAGGAGCUCUUCUACAGCGUGGAGAAGGACGGCCAGCGGCAGUGGUACAACAGGACGGCGGUCAUCCUGUCUCUGGAGCAGGGAAACAAGCUGAGGGAGCAGCACAGCCUCGGACCCUACGAGCCCUCCACUCCCCUGGCCAAAGCCUCCGACAUCAGCCUGGAUAACCUGGUGGAGGGGAAGAGGAGGCGUCGAGGAGGCCCUGGAGGUGAGAAGACUCCCAACCGUGGCUCCUCCUCCAGCAACAGCCCCCGAACACCCGGCCCCUCCGGCAAGAGGAAGCUGAUGACCUCUGAGGACGAUCGCACGCCGGCAAAGAGAGGUCGCAGGGGUCCGGGCGCCAGAGCCGGUCAGCGGGUCGGUGUGUGCAACACCUCUGGCAGCGGCACGGAUCUCCCCGGUCGGUCUUGCGACGUGGCAGAGACUCAUGGCCCGCUGCCCCAGAACGCGUCUCUCUUCAUGGGCUUCGCCUUCAUGCUGACCGCCUCGUCCGAGAGCGACCGGCUCACCAACAAGAUCACCAGCGACGAAGAGGAGGAUUAUGUGCAGACCGGUCCAUAUAACAAAGAGUACACAGAGUCCCAGCUGCAGGCAGGUGGAGGCUUCAUCCUGCCCGACUUCAAUGAAGAACAGUGUAAGGCAGCGUACCAGAGCCUGCUCAUCGCAGACCAGCACUGUCGCACGAGAAAGUACCUGCUGUGUUUGGCGAGCGGCGUGCCGUGCGUGUCGCACAUCUGGGUGAGAGACUGCUGCAAAGACAACAAGCUGCUCAACUACAGGAACUACCUGCUGCCCGCCGGCAUCGGCCCGGAUGACUCCAUAGUAGAAUGGCAUCCACGCUGCAGCCCGUUCAAGGCUCUGCGGGUCCUUCUGGUGUUCGAGAAACCGGUGGAGCUUUGGGCGCAGCUGAUCACCAUGGGCGGAGGUUCCUCCGUCCGACAUUUCCAGGCAGAUAAGGACAGUUCAGACAUUCCUGCCGGCAAGUACGACGUGGUGGUGACAGACCUCGCCUGUCCGCCACUGGUGGAGAAGAACGCGACAUCGCAGGAAGUGCCGCUGGUGUCUCCCGAGUGGCUCAUGCAGAGCGUCAUCCGCGGGGAGCGCCUCGCUUUCCACAGCAAGCCUCAGUACCGCCACGACUACUCGUCCUCAUAAUCCGACUCCACGCGCGCGGAAACAUGUUAAAUGUUGAGCAUUAGUUCUGUUGCAUGCCUCUGCUGUAUAUAACUUUAUCCUGUCUGUUUUUAAUGGGAUAAUAAAUUGUGACCCUUGUUUCAUUUUAACGGAUUUUCAGUUUAUUCAUGGUACAAGUUUGAAUAUUUACAGUUUGUACAACGACAUGAUGAGUUAUGAGUCGGACCACCCAAACAUUUUCUCUCUGAGUUCUGCUUCCAGAACUUGUUUGUGUCCUAAAGUUUGUUUCAUAAAGCAGGCUGACUUGUUUUUUGAACUGUUAUUUUCAGGGAAGUCGGUUUUGAAUAAGUUUGACCUUUUUUAAUACGUUACCAUGGAAACGCAACUUGAGUACUUUAUAGUUCAACAUUUUUGGGAAAUAUGCUAAAAUCGACCUUCUUGCACAAAGUCGGCACCGAUCGUAUGUGAGGGUGGUGUCGACCUACAUCUGACUACGCAAGAAAGUUUCCCCAUAAUGUCGAACUGCUCCUUUAAUUAAAUAAA